AUGUUCUCCGCCCAUUCUGAACUCCCAUCUCAUCGUCUUCAGAACAUCAUCAUUAUCCUCCGACGUGCCAACUCCCGAUACACCGAUGUCGCCUCUCGCAUUCGUGCCUCCCUUCGUCCAACUUUCCACGCUCGCAAGCGUGCUGCGGAGCUUAGACUGGGCGUUGACAUUGGCAAGGCUAUCCGUUGCGAGCAACGCCAAGUGAGCAUCGUUCCGCUACCAGUGCUGGAUCUCGGUACCAGCCCAGUGACCGGGACGAUCGAACCUAUUGUGCCGAUCAUCUGCAACGGCAACAGCAAUAGCAAGAAACGCCCUGUUCUCAGGUGUGCCAUUCCGACACACCCAGUCAUUCACCAGCCACGCCAACUCGCGUCCUCUAUAUCUCGGUACCGUCUUGUUACAGACGGUCGUCCCUUCCCUCCCCACCAUCUUCCUUCGUCUCCUGUGGAUAAUACCCCAGUAGAGGCCACGCCGAUAGGGGAUGAGGAAAUCAACACGUCGCUUUUCGUGGACGUCAAGGGACUCAUUAGCUGGAACUUCACUAACACGGACGUUUCGUCAGCCUCCUCGACAGAAUCUAGAUUGACGUUUCCGUCAUCUUGUUCAAGUUCGGCUUCUGAGACAAACGGUCCACUGACACCUGACGUUUAUGACGUUUAUCCCCUUCUGAUUCGCACUAAACGUAAGUCUGCGAAUGCGGCGGAUGUAGACACGCUCGAAAAACGUCCAAAAUUUGAGAAAAAGGAAUGGCCUUCCCCCGCAGUUCAAAGAAAUGUCGCUGCCAAGCCAUCACCUGUAUCACGCUCUUUUACGCCCAACUCACUGAUUUCUGUCGUUUUCUUCUCUACCGUCGCCAAUGACCUUUCUACUCAUCGACGUUGUACUACAAUAUGA